UUAGCUUAAAAGUGUCCAAAUCGAUUUACAGCAGUCGUGAAGCUGCCAGGCCAGGACCUUUCCGGUACAGAGAUUCUUGGGGCAAAACAAAACAUAAGGAAAAUGGGUAUUACAACAGAGACAGCUACAACAGCAACCGGAAUGGGAGCGGCGAAUGGUGGAGCAGCCGAUGUCGAAAGCAAACAGAUCCUGUCGCUGGAAGUUUUCCAAGAGUUAUUCAAGCACGUGGAGCCGGAUGUGGAAAUCGAUGCCUUUGAGCUGGCUCAGGGCUCGGACCGCGGCGACAAUUAUACGGCGGCCUUGUAUCGGAUAAAUCUGAGUGGCAAGCGGCAGAGUCUCGAUGGCAGCCAACACAAAUGGACGCAGAGCGUUAUAUGCAAGGUCAUGCCGGAGAGCGUGGCCCAGCGAGAGGCCUACAAAAGCGACAAACUGUUUCGCAAUGAAGUGGAGUUCUAUACCACAAUAAUGCCAGAGUUGCUCAAGUUUCAGGCCAGCAAAACGGGCCGAGACUCGCCAGUGUUUAAUGCCAUACCCAAGUGCUAUACGGCCCGACAUGAUUUGCUCAUAAUGGAGGACCUGCGUGAACGCGGCUUUCAGAUGUCCGAUCGCCACAAAGGACUCAGCAUGGAGGAGACGCAGUCCGUCCUCUUGCAGGUGGCCCAAUUACAUGGCCUCAGUUUGGCCUACAAGUUUGAGCAUCCGCUAGACUUUGCCAAGCUGUGCAGCCUCAUCAGCGAGGGCAUCUUCUGCACGGCCAACACGAGUUGGUAUAGAAACUACUACGAGCGUCUCACGAAGAACGCCGUCAAAAUGGUUUCCGAAGUGCUGCCCGCCGACUCCAAGUAUGUCCUGGCCAUGCGAAAUUUCGCUGAGAGCUCCUCCUUCUUUGGCCAAAUGGUGAAGAUUGCCAGUUCAGAGUCCCCGUUGUCGGCCAUUUGCCAUGGCGACUGUUGGGUCAACAAUUUUCUGUAUCACUACGAUCCAGAAGAUCCAACGCUGGUGCUGGAGGUGGCCCUGAUAGACUUCCAGCUAAUACGUUAUAGUUCGAUUGCCUUGGAUAUUGCCAAUCUGUUGUACUGUUGCACCACGAAGGAGAUGAGGGAUGCGGAGCUGAAAUCGUUGCUGAAAACCUACACGGAGGAGUUGUUCAGGUGGCUGAAGAUCCUGUGCACUGAACUGCCAGAACACUGCAAUACCCUGGAAAAGCUGCAAAAACUCUUUGCCGAGGAGCUGAAAGCCUAUGGACGCUUUGCCCUGGGUCUUGCCAUGGACAUUAUACCUAUAAGUACAUGUUCUUCCGAAGAUGCACCGGAUAUGUACUUGAAUCGCAACGAUGAGCCCGAGGAGGAGGAUGAGGGUGCGCCAACGCUUAACUUUCCACCCAACGAUCUGUGUCGCCAGAAAAUGGUCGAAAUAGUUAAAGAUAUGGUCGAUGGGGAUAUGCUUUAGAGCUGGCUUCAAUCUCAAGCCAUCUGCACGAAACACCAAAUUAACGAUAACUCAGUAACCCAUAGUUAUAUGCAAAACUAGUAAUAUUUAAAAACAAAGUAGCCUACUCUAGUUACCAUUAGGCCUAGCAAUAAUUUAUACGAUUAGAGGGUACCACCGCUACCGACAGCGUUACAUUACGUUUCUCUAACAAACAUAAAUGGAAUUUUCGUCGAAAAGGGAGCUCUAUGAGUGAAGCAAUACGAUGCCAUCGGGGUUAUCUUUAGAUUGAAUUUUGUUUAAG